AUGGGGAAGCAUAUUGAAGAUUUAUCUGAAGAACUGUUAUUAGAAAUAUUUUCCUAUUUAUCUUUGAAUGAUGUUGUAUUUUCAAUUCAAUUUGUCAACAUUAGAUGGAGAAGAAUAUCUUAUGAUUAUGAACUAUGGAAGAACAGGACAUAUUGCCCCUUGGCUAUUGAAAGUGAUGAAGUAGUUGAAAAGACUCUCAAGAUGAUUCCUAAAUUAAGUAAUUUAGUUUUAGAUAAAAGACCUUAUUUGUCAGAAGUGCUUGAAACUUUGGUGAAUAAUUGUUUGGAUAUAAGGAGGUUAGAAUUCAAUAAUUAUCAAAUGAUUCCCACCAAAUUAUUAAAAAAACUAGUCAGACAAUGUCCAAAAAUUGAAUUCUUACAUCUCCCAUGUAGAGUUUUAGAUAGUUAUGAUCAUUCCACUGCAAUAGGUAAACUUGAAAGACUGAAGACUCUGAAAGUGGGAGGUUGGUCAGCAUUAGAAUGCCCUGCUAGGUUACGCCCAUUAGCAGAUGGUUGCCCUUCAUUAGAACAAAUUGAACUUGUUGAAAUCUAUUGUGGUAUUGAUGACUUACAAUAUUUGUUCCUAAAAAAAAGGGAAUCUUUGCGCACAAUUACUAUUCGAUGGUGUUAUGAUGAAGGCAUAUGUGUUUUACCAUUACUAUUAGUUUGUACUGCUUUAAAAACUCUCAAUGUUGUAUGUUUUUAUGAUAUUGAAGCUGAUGUUGGUUUCAGUGCCCUUAAAAUGUUAAACAAUAUAACAUCUUUAAGUCUCCUUGAUUUUGAUAAUGCUAACAUUAAAGAUGUUAUCAGCAUAUUUGAUAACCAAAAUAUGGUAAAUUUAAUUGAAUUGACAAUAAUCCAUUAUGAAAAUUAUGAAAACCAACUAGCCAAAGUCAUUGUCAAUAAUUGCCCAAAUCUCAAGAAGCUAUUUAUUAAUGAAUGUAAUAGCAUGAGUGAUGAAAGUAUAGAAGAUUUUUACAAGCUUGAGAACUUGCAGUAUGUAGAGUUGAGGAGCUCUGCAAUAACAGACAUAAGUGUUACUUGUUUAAAUAAAUGUAAGAAACUUAUUCAUUUAAGUUUAGAAAAUUGUUUUCUUCUUUCAGAAGAAGGCAUGCAAAAUAUAAUUGAUUUUCAUAAUUUACAAGUGUUGAAAUUAGAUUCUUGUGAUUUGAAAGGAUUAUUCUGGUCCCAAAUACCUUUAAAAUUAAAAAGAUUACGAUAUCUAAGUAUUAAUUUUUGUCAACAUGUUGAUGAGAAUGAAGUAAAGCAAUUAAAGAAAGAAAUGCCACAGUUAACAGUUCAUUUUGUUGCUGACAGAUUUUUGGUAUGA